AUGCUGCGCCGCUAUCAACAUAGCGGCGCAGCAUUGGACGUAGUACACAACGACACACUGUCAUUACGCACAACGGGCGACGGCUGUGGCGACGUAGGAGUGAGGCAUGACGUAGCCGGCGCGCGCUCCGUUCCCGAUGACCGCGGCGCGGCGGUGUUUACAACGACCACAAGGGUAACCAGCCCCAAGCAAGUGUCCAUUCUUCAAUAUCCCAGGACCACAAGGGUAACCAGCCCCAAGCAAGUGUCUAUUCUUCAAUAUCCCAGGACCACAAGGGUAACCAGCCCCAAGCAAGUGUCCAUUCUUCAAUAUCCCAGGACCACAAGGGUAACCAGCCCCAAGCAAGUGUCCAUUCUUCAAUAUCCCAGGACCACAAGGAUAACCAGCCCCAAGCAAACGUUUAUGUCUCGAAUCCACAGAACCACACGGGUAACCAGCCCCAAGCAAGUGUUCGUAAUCUUAUUCCUAUUUCCAAAACAAUUCAUAAAAGUACACAUAUGUCAGAGCAUCGCCGAAUACAUCCUGAAAAUAAUGAAAACU